AUGUCUUCUUUAAAAUCUAAAAAAGACAAAACUACUUUAACCAAUAAACAAAGAAAAGCUAUUAUUGAAUAUAAAGAAAAAAAUUUUCAAAUUACCCAAACUGAUCUCAUCAGUUGGGUAAAACAAAAAAUGAGUCUUAAUGUUCAUCAAACUACUAUUAGCUGUCUAUUGAAAAAUAAAAAAACUAUAGAUGAAAACCUUUUCGCAAAAAGACAAAGAACAGUUCAAUAUCCAGAACUUGAAAAUGCAUUGAUUGAACAGAUAUUACAAAGUCAAGAAAAGAAUGUCUCUGUAGAUAAUGCAGUCAUUGAAGCUGCUAUUUCUAAAUUAAGAGGAAUUUUUAAAAAAUAUAAUUUAAAAGACAUUUACAAUAUGGAUGAGAUUAUUUUAUAG